AUGUCGAAAGUUAACCAACCGCCUCCAUAUCAAGAAUACGAAAGUUUAAACCAUGAUCAUAACGUACAGGUACCUGUGGAACAACGGCGAUCUAAUGUUCCUGAAGACUUCAAAUAUUCAGUGACUAUAUCGGCGUGUGAGUUUGAAAUCCGUCAGAAGUUUAUGGCUAAAGUGUAUUCCAUACUUUCAGUGCAGUUAUUGACUACGUUAGUAUUUUCCAUGUUAGCACUGCGUUCUAAGGGCCUCCAAUUAUUCAUUGUGAAUCAUAUGGGUUUAUAUAUCCUGGGUAUCAUUGUAUCGUUGGUGACGUGUCUCUGGAUUGCGUGGGCUCCAAGAAGGGAGUUGUAUGAGAUGGAGAAUGAAAUAAGUGAUCCCCUGGUAGCUGGACCCAGUAACGGAACUAGCGCUCGCUCUGAAAAUAUACCAUGGUACUGUCUUUCCAAGAGAGGGCAAUACAUUUUAUUGUCCCUCUUCACUAUCUCUGAGGCAUAUUGUCUUGGUAGUAGUAUAAUGUUCGUUCCACAAGAUAUUGUCAUGAAUGCUAUUGUAGUAACAACAGUGGUCGUUAUAGGAGUUACACUAAUGGCGCUUUCGGGAAAGUUCGAAAUAGCUUUGGAAUCAGCAAUGUCAAUUUAUUACUGGUUGAAUUUAGCUCUUCUGGUAAUGAUUGGCAUUGGAAUUUCGUUUCUAUUCAUGGGAGGAAUGGGAUCAAAAAUGAAUUUAUUUUACGGUUGGAUUGGUGCAAUCGUGUUUACCGUUUAUUUGUUUAUCGACACUCAGCUGAUAUUCAGGCAAAUGUUUAUCGGUGAAGAGAUAAAAUGCGCACUAUCCCUUUAUCUUGAUAUCAUCAAUUUAUUCCUAUCGAUAUUAAGAAUAAUGCAAAGUUCAGAUGAUAAUUAA